GGAGGAGGGGAGCGGGAUAGGCUCGGCUCUGCGCGGGUUAGGAACUCUUAAUCCUGGCUGCAGACGGGGGCGAGGCUCCCCUCCCCGCCCCGCCGGGUGUCUCCGCCUGGGUCUCUCCGCCUGCUCCUAGAUCUCGGGCUGACACGUCAGUAAGGAAACGACCCCAGGCAGCAAAACGUCCAGCGAAGACUCGAGCAAGGGGAGAGGGAGACUGAGAUAGAGGGGUCCAGUGGUGCAGACUUUACGGUGCCACAAGACUCCGUGUGUUGCAUGGGUUUAGGAGCCCCCGGAAGAGGUCUGGCCUACAGUCAACAUCAGUCUCAACUGGGGUUUACAAACCCUUUAUGUUACCUAUCGCUGAAUUUGUACCUCACUCUUGAGAGACUGAAAGGUUUGCAUGAUGGAAUUUGAAUUUACCAGAGAGAGGCUGUAUGUUUUAAAUCGAUACUGCUGACAUUUUCUACAUAUUGCUAUAUUCUGGUGUGGGGGUCUUGAUUUUUUUGCCCAAAGACGAGAUAUCAUGGAUCUCAAGGAAAGCUGCCCAAGUGUUAGCAUCCCCAGCUCUGAUGAACAGAGGGUGAAGAAAAAAAGAUUUACUGUUUACAAAGUUAUGGUCUCAGUUGGCACUAAUGAAUGGUUCGUCUUAAGGCGAUACGCUGAAUUUGAUAAACUGCAUAAUACACUAAGGAAACAAUUUCCCACUAUGAAUUUGAGGAUUCCUGCUAAAAGAAUAUUUGGAGAUAAUUUUGAUCCAGACUUCAUUAAACAGAGAAGAGCGGGGUUGAAUGAAUUUAUUCAAAAUUUAGUACGACAGCCAGAACUUUGCAGUCACCCAGAUGUCAGAUCAUUUCUUCAGAUGGAUAAUCCAAAGCACCAGUAUGAUCCAUCUGAAGAUGAGGAUGAAAGGAACACUCAAAAGCUAAACUCUACCUCACAGAAUAUCAACCUGGGGCCGUCUGGAAAUCCUCAUGCUAAACCAACAGACUUUGACUUCCUGAAAGUUAUUGGGAAGGGCAGCUUUGGCAAGGUUCUUCUUGCAAAACGAAAAUUGGAUGGGAAGUUCUAUGCUGUUAAAGUGCUGCAGAAAAAAAUUGUUCUCAACAGGAAAGAGCAAAAACAUAUUAUGGCUGAACGUAAUGUGCUGUUGAAAAAUGUGAAGCAUCCAUUUUUAGUUGGAUUGCAUUAUUCAUUCCAAACUACAGAGAAACUUUACUUUGUUCUGGAUUUUGUUAAUGGAGGAGAGCUCUUCUUUCAUUUGCAAAAAGAACGUUCCUUUCCUGAACACAGAGCCAGGUUUUAUGCUGCUGAAAUAGCCAGUGCAUUGGGAUAUCUACACUCCGUAAAAAUUGUAUACAGAGAUUUGAAACCAGAAAACAUUCUUCUAGAUUCGCUGGGGCAUGUUGUCUUAACAGAUUUUGGGCUUUGUAAAGAAGGAAUGGCUACGUCAGACACCACAGCAACAUUUUGUGGAACACCAGAGUACCUGGCUCCAGAAGUGAUCAGAAAGCAACCCUAUGAUAACACAGUAGAUUGGUGGUGCCUUGGCGCUGUUUUGUAUGAAAUGUUAUAUGGUCUGCCUCCUUUUUACUGUCGUGAUGUUGCUGAGAUGUAUGAAAACAUUCUUCACAAACCCUUACAUUUAAGGCCAGGGAUCAGUCUUACAGCUUGGUCUAUUCUGGAAGAACUUUUGGAGAAAGAGAGGCAAAACAGACUUGGAGCUAAAGAAGACUUUCUUGAAAUUCAAAGGCACCCCUUCUUUGAAUCUAUCAGCUGGACUGACCUCCUACAAAAGAAGAUCCCACCACCAUUUAAUCCUAAUGUGUCUGGCCCAGAUGACAUCAGGAACUUUGACACAGCAUUUACAGAAGAGAUGGUACCCUAUUCAGUUUGCAUUUCUUCUGACUAUAAUAUUGUGAAUGCCAGCGUGCUGGAAGCAGAUGAUGCAUUCAUUGGAUUUUCUUAUGCCCCACCUUCUGAAGACUUAUUUCUCUAAGAUUUCUGGAAAUAAGAAUUACAUCGCAAGCCAUCUUUAGAUGGACUGAAAUGUUUUGAUUGUGAACAGUUUCUAAAUAUGUGCAACUAGUGCCUCAUUUGAUACCUUGAACAAGCUUUCUCUACUGUAAUAUGAGGAACCUGGGCAUUUUUUGAUUACUUUCUUGGACUGUUACACCUGCUGCACAAAACUAUUUUAGAACAAGUACCUUUAGUUAGCUGUUCUUAAUCUUGUGACUCUUUUAAAGCAAGGACACUGACUGUUUUCCCUCCAGUUUACAUUAACAUAUCCAGAUCGGCUGGCUAUCUUGAAUAGCAGCACGCUUUAGCACAUUUAAAGGCCUUUGUAACUAUCUAUGGUGAUUUUGUGCUUGAAAUGUUACUAUGCAAUUAUUUUUGUUUAUCAUUGUUUUUAAAAGAUAAGGUUACCCAGUCCAAUUUGUUUGUUCUUUAAGGCAAGCAGAUUUAUUGGCCAGGCGUCCUCUUAAUUUCCUAACUGUAAUGAGAAUCAUAGAACUGUACAACAUUGUUCACUUUCAGAUCAAACUGUGCCGCCUUUAGUCAUGGUGGGUCUAGACAUGCAGCCACUUACCACUUUACUCAAUAAAUGUGAUUCAUUCUAGUUGUAAAACCUAGAAAUACUUUCUAAGUUGUCAGGAUGGAACGAAUUAGCCUUAAAUAUUUGUUGAUAACAACCUGUCUCAUAAUGGCUACAUUUUUUCCUCUUCUUGUAGAAGAAGCUAAGUGUUUUUUUCCCAAAGAAAUAGAUGAUGAAAAAAUUAUUGCAUUUGUAGAAGGGAAAAUUCCUUCUUGUAUGUAGAAAACUAAUAUAUUACAAUUUGAUUGCAUUAAAAUUCA